GUCGUUCCAUUUGAAAUGUCAUACCCCACCAAGAUUGACCCGGUUAUAGACUGCAAUAAUUAUGACCUGCAGGGCGGGUUCAUUGAUGUCAUAAACGAUGCCCCCCCUUGGUCGGUAGUCGAUGACCUGGAUGAAUUGCCGCAGAAUGAGAAGCCAUUCCUCUAUCGCCACAGGAAAAGACUCGCCACUGACCCUCCCGUCCGCCAAUUAGCACUUUUUCACCCUUACCUCCCACGGUCCAUAGUCGUACAAUCGAACACACGUCAAGAUAUCACUGUCGGCACAAUAAUGAAAGCUAUCUAUUGUGCCCUACGUGAACUAUGUCAGCCGAUCUUUGAGUCAAUUGUGGACAAACGCGACUGCGAACAUUCAACAGUAUGGUCUGAACCUGAUGAAGGAAUGCUCAGUUCCAAGUAUCUAGGGGAUUGCACACAGUUCAGAGGUCUCAUCGCGUGCCAUACUAUACGUGGCAUCAUGACUGCGAGGAUUUCAUUGCGGGAUAGGGCCGGGAACGCGUUUUGUUGCUCAAAGUCGCAGUAUUUUCCGGGAACGGCCAAGCCCUAGUGCACCUUGUGACAAAUUUGAUGAUCUGGUGCAUAAACUCGGAAAGUGGUUACGUGGUAUGGAGAGUCACUUGACAUAGAACGCGAAGUCCUGUACAAGUUCAAGCAGGGUUAUGUGAAAUGAGAAUUGUUGCAUCCU